AUGGUACGCACCAAGCGCCAAACCGCCCAGACGAUGGACAAUGCCGAUGUGGCUCCUGCGACAUUCACAGACGGCCUACCAUUGCCCAAGUUGAUCGUCUUUGACUUGGAUUACACUCUUUGGCCCUUCUGGGUAGAUACCCAUGUCAGCGCGCCCGUCAAGGCACGUGACAACAACUCUCGUGUGGUCGAUCGAUGGGGAGAGUCCUUCGCCUUUUAUCCCGCUGUUUCGUCCAUUAUCCAUGCUUGCAAGAACCGAUCAAUCCCCGUGGCCUUGGCCUCUCGCACCCAUACCCCCGAUCUGGCCCGCGACAUGCUUAAAGCCCUCCAUAUAAUCCCUACCUUUUCCGACGAUGUCGCCGCCAACAGCGCCAAAUCUAUUCGUGCGCUGGACUAUUUUGAAUAUAUACAAAUCUUUCCAGCCAACAAGACGCAACACUUUGCGAAGAUCCAUCAGGCCAGCGGAAUCGCAUACGAAGAGAUGCUCUUCUUCGACGACGAGGCCCGAAAUAGGAAUGUUGAGACAGAACUCGGGGUCACCUUCUAUCUGGUCCGAGAUGGUAUGACGCGGGAUGAGGUUGACAAGGGGAUUUUGGCAUGGAGAAAGCGCAAUGGGAAGAAGUCGAAGAUCGGGGCUGACGAUGCGUGA